UCUGCAGUCCUGCAUCCUGCCGUUUCACCGCACCACAUGGAAACUGAAUAGAGCUUUCGAAAACGGGGAAUGAUAUCGAAAGGAGGUGGACCGUUUUCCUCUGUCGGCUGGCUAUAUGAACCCGCACAGCAUCAGCUGCUCCUGACAAAGCAAAGGCAAACACAGAGAUGAGGGCGACGGAAAGUAAUGCUGGUGCUUAUUGCGGUCUGCGUCAAACCACUCGCUGCUUCAGGAGAUGAUGCCCUCUGUGCCUCUUAAAGGACUUUCUGGGUUUACUAUUCAUCUCUUGUGAACACCCAUGCUGCAGGGGUCCAUGUUAGUAUCUCGGGGUAAACAUCCAGCAGGGACAGUGAUGGCCACCCCAUCUCCAGCCGCCCAGUCACUCUCAGCAUCUGCAUUGUGAGGAGAAACUCGUCCUGUGGGAGUGGGAUUGUGAAGGAAUAUGCAGGGAUAAAAAAACAACAGUUUUUUGUUUUUGCAUCCAAACCAGACAGAGCCAUAGUUGGAUUACCGGGUGUUGUUGUUUACCAACAUGAACUCUAUGUUUUUCUCGGACACUCCGCCCGGUCCGGUCUGCAACGUCCCCACCGGGUCGACCAGCGCCCUGCGAAAUGACCUGGGCUCCAACAUCCAUGUGCUGAAAACGCUCAACCUGCGAUUCCGCUGCUUCCUUGCCAAAGUCCAUGAACUGGAAAGGAGAAACAAACUGUUGGAGAGCCAGCUGCAGCAAGCUCUGCAGAGACCGAAGUACCGCCACCUUUACACCCGCGAAGUUGCGGUGCAGACGGACGGUCCCGAGUCGCGACUGCCGGGAACCAUCUGGAGUUUCACCCACGUCCGGAGGCAAGGGGAGCGCCUUGAGACGGUGCAUGGGCCCGGGGUGACGUGGACGCAUCCGGACGGAGUUGGGGUCCAAAUAGACACCAUUACCCCAGAACUGAGGGCUCUGUAUAACGUGCUGGCCAAAGUCAAGCGGGAGAGGGACGAGUACAAGAGAAGAUGGGAAGAGGAAGUGUCCAAACGGGAGCAGAUGGAGUCCACGGUGGAAUCCCUGCAGCAGAGUGCCCGGGAGUCAUCGGAGAUCCAGGGUGAGCUGAGCGAGAAGGUGGACAGACUGAAGGCUGAACUCGUGGUCUUCAAGAGCCUGAUGAGUGAUCAAAUGACUGACUUGGACUCCAAGAUUCAAGAGAAAGCCCGGCACGUGGACAUGGACAUCUGCAGGCGCAUCGACAUCACGGCCAAACUGUGCGACGUGGCUCAGCAACGCAACUCGGAGGACAUGUCAAAGAUGUUCAACGUCAGUCCAGUCAGGUCGCUCCCAGAGAAGGGGGCUGUGGCCUGCUGCAGGAAGAAAGAGCGUAAAGUGGUGUCAGAUGAGGAGAAUUCAGAGAUGGAUGCCGAGCCCAGCCUUUCAGAGGAGGAGGUCCCCGGGUCGCUCAACAUCACGGAUGAAAUGAAACGCAUGCUCAACCAGCUGCGCGAGACAUUCGAAAUCGACGACGACUGUGACAGUCUGACAUGGGAGGAAAACGAGGAGACUCUGCUGCUGUGGGAGGACUUCACUAACUACAACGUGCCGUGUGCCAUUGCUGCAACAACCUGCACAGCCAUGGCCCCCAGCGAUGGCAACGGUGAAACCACUGAUCCAGACUCCCAGGAUGGAAGUCUUGGCAGCCUCAUUGAUGAAACGGAGUCACUAUUUAAGACCAGAGAGCAAGAGUACCAGGAGACCAUUGGCCAGAUCGAGAUGGAACUGGCCACAGCAAAGAGUGACAUGAACCGACAUCUGCAUGAGUACAUGGAGAUGUGCAGCAUGAAGAGAGGCCUGGACGUGCAGAUGGAGACCUGUCGACGGAUGAUUAAAGGUGGCAGGAACUCUCCCUCUUUCAGCUCCGUGGCCAGCAGCGACUCAGGGAACACAGAUGAGAUCCAGGACGAGAUUUCGGACAAGGACGUAGAGGCCGAAGUCUCUGUUAGUUGAUGGCUGCAUAGCCGGGCUUUGUCCCAUCUCCUCCUGACCACCCCUUGUGUCGUGGGGGUUAAAUGUGUAUAGAGCUCCACCCUGCUAGAGAGGUGGACCAACUUCAAUCUGGGCCUGUUUGACCUGUUUAAGUUCUGAUGGUCAUGCUCACUGAUGCGGGCCCAGAACUGGUGCUUUUAUACUAUUUCUGUUGUUUAGAAAGUGGUGGUGGUGGUGGGGAUGUGGGGGUGUGGGGAGGUGGUGUCUUUGCUUCACAAAGAGAAAAAGGGUGCAUAUAGAGUCCGAGCUGUGCUUUCUUCCUCACUGCUGCCUCGCUGGAUUCUUGUCCAGAGCUUCACAUCAUUUUUGGGGAGAGAAAGAGAAAUUCUCAAAUGUUUUAAACAGGCUGAGAAGUAUUUUCUACAAAUUCUUACCCUAUUAAAGUCCUUUUUUUCUAAAGGAAUUGAAAAUAGUACAUAUUGUGCUUCUUGUUCGGUGAACAACAAAUACAUUAUUCACAGAAAAUAAAAAACAUCCAUCUUUUGAAUUUUAAUAUUCAUUUUAGAUGCAGAAAGUCAGUUCCCCCUUGUUUGGAAUACUGUUUUGUUUUCGUAUUAUUUAAGUCCAGGUGGGGUUGUUUGUGAUCCAGAUUGUCUUCUGCCAAGGAGACAAAACAAGAAGUGGAGACAAAUGGUGUUGGAGUUCUGGUGGUUUCUGAGGGAACUCUGCAGGGUUGCCAAAGCUGACAGAGGAAAGGAGCACAGCCUUUUGAUGCAUCAGUGCACUACUGACGUUCUAUGCAAUUUAGCUGGCCUUACUUUCAGACUGGCUUUCACCCUUCAUCAUUUCUCUUCAAACCAAUACAAUUAGCCUUUUAAGCAAAGCAGGUGUUUUCUAUGUAUCAUUUCGAGAAGUUUUUUUUUGUGUGUGUGUGUGUGUGUGUGUGUGUUUGAGUGUGAAAAAAUCUAUGUAUGGGACAUUUGUUUUUUUCAUGGACACCAACAGUAAAAAAGUGGAACAGCGCCCCCCCUUGAACAAAGGACAAAAAUCUUUGCUCAUGACAAUAAUAUAGAUGCUACUUGAUAAUGAAACAAUCAGUUCAUUGCUCCGAUUAAGGUGUACUUUACUGGGGAAACAUUGUUCUCAUCUUGUGCAGUUUACUUUGCACACAUCAAGACAUAUCAUUGUAGAUGUCUAAAAUGCAUUCGUUUUUAUGAAAGAGAUCGAAUAAAUUGAAGUUAUCAAAGCCAAACAAGGCUCUGAAACCUCUUAAGAAAAACCAAAGGACUCAUUUUGAAAAGUUUCCCUUUCACACAAUCAUUCAUACACAAUCCUAAUUUUCAUUCAUUGUAUUUUGGAGAUAGAUUUCUUUGGUUAUGUUUGGUGUUAUUACAAGUUUCCUGCUGUCCUGCAGGGGACUCUGUUCCAGAUGGGUGGCACAUCCUGCUUUGUCUCUUCUGAAUCGGGGCUACAAGUGUCAGACUGUACAUAGAGAGCUGUAGGCAUGUGAUCGUAUACCCCAGAGGCCUUUUUGUUCAUAUUAGUCUUUUGCAACAGUUUGAGAUGUCUCACAAUUUCGCUUUUCAGUGCUUCCACUGGAUUAGCGUAGAAACUGAUCGGCGCAUGGGGACAGAAGUGAUCUUUUCAUCACCUCUUUGUAUUAUAAUGUAUGUACGGUUUGCUGGAUCAAAGAUUAAGUGCUACUUCUAUCUUGAAGAUUUACAGAAGCAGAAUGUUAAAAUACAGGCCUUUUGUUAUUUCAGCAUGUUUCUGUGGAGAAAAGGAGCUAUGGAUCUUUUUUUAUAACAUUAUUUUUUGAACUAAAUAGCUGCAAUGCAGACUGUGCGCUACGUUUUUAAUCAAAACAGUGUCUAUCCUAAUCAUUGAUUAAUUGUAUUUGUGGCAGAAAAUGUAUUUUUCACUGUUUUUAAUCAUUUUAUGUUAACCAAAAAGUGUGUUAAUGUCGCCAUAUUCAGCUUUUAUUAUAUUUUCAGGAAUAUUAAACUUGUUCCAGAUGUUUUGGUCAUUUAUUGGCCAUAUCAGAUCACCCAUCAUAAAAACCAAUUGAUUAUAUCAGACAAUAGUGAGGGACAGUCUUACUCGCAGAGAAAACGCCACAUGCUUUUUUUGUUUGAGUUGAUGUAAAACCAGCCUGAUAAGUGACAAAGAGCCAUUCUUUUAUUGGUACUGUACUUUGCAGCGGUGACAUCAAACACAUCAUUUAUUGAUUGUAUGGCUGUAACAUCCAAAAAAAAAAAAAAACAGCAG